CCUUUGUCACUGGCCUUCCUGGGGAAAGGACAAUGUAGCCUUGAAAUCUUGCUCGCCCGAGUCUGGCUGCAGGUUUGAUUGACGCGGACAGGCCGAGGGAAGCUGGAGGCGUGGCUGGGGGCCGCGGGCCGAGCUUGAGACAAAGGGAUUCGGGCUGCCACGCAGAAGAGUGAAGGGCCCCUUGGGGCAACUGGCCUUUGCACCUGAUUUACCUUCAUGGAAAUUGAGGAUUCAGAAAAUUGGGAGCUCCUAUGAAUAUGGCGAAUCUACUGAAAACAGUGGUGACUGGCUGUUCAUGUCCUUUACUUAACAAUUUGGGGUCCUGUAAAGUUCUCCCUGGGAAGAAGGAUUUUUUAAGAACAUUUCAUACUCAUCAGGUGCUGUGGUGUAAAGCCCCUGUAAAACCAGGAAUUCCAUAUAAGCAGUUGACUGUUGGAGUUCCCAAGGAGAUUUUCCAAAACGAGAAGCGAGUGGCACUGUCACCUGCUGGUGUUCAGGCCUUGGUCAAGCAGGGUUUUAAUGUUGUUGUGGAAUCGGGCGCUGGAGAAGCUUCCAAGUUCUCCGAUGAUCACUACAGAGCAGCUGGUGCCCAAAUCCAAGGGGCAAAGGAAGCGCUGGCUUCUGAUUUGGUGGUCAAAGUUCGAGCCCCCAUGGUUAAUCCAACGUUAGGUGUUCAUGAAGCUGACCUUUUGAAGACAUCGGGAACACUGAUUAGUUUUAUUUACCCAGCCCAAAAUCCAGACUUGCUAAAUAAACUUUCCAAGAGAAAAACUACCGUUCUGGCAAUGGACCAGGUUCCAAGAGUCACAAUUGCUCAGGGAUAUGAUGCGUUGAGCUCCAUGGCCAACAUUGCUGGUUAUAAGGCUGUUGUACUGGCAGCAAAUCAUUUUGGACGGUUUUUCACUGGUCAGAUCACAGCUGCUGGAAAAGUUCCUCCUGCAAAGAUUCUGAUCAUUGGUGGUGGCGUUGCCGGGCUGGCCUCUGCAGGUGCAGCAAAGUCAAUGGGUGCAAUUGUACGUGGAUUUGAUACGAGAGCUGCAGCUUUGGAGCAGUUCAAGUCUCUGGGUGCUGAACCCUUGGAGGUGGAUGUGAAGGAAUCUGGUGAGGGACAAGGAGGAUAUGCAAAGGAGAUGUCUAAAGAGUUCAUUGAUGCCGAAAUGAAGCUCUUUGCUCAGCAGUGCAAGGAGGUGGACAUCCUCAUCAGCACAGCACUUAUUCCAGGUAAAAAAGCUCCAGUUUUAUUUAGUAAAGAAAUGAUUGAGUCAAUGAAGGAAGGUUCAGUUGUUGUGGAUUUAGCCUCUGAGGCUGGCGGAAACUUUGAAACCACUAAGCCGGGAGAACUUUAUGUUCAUAAGGGGGUUACUCACAUAGGCUAUACCGACCUUCCCAGCCGCAUGGCCACACAGGCCAGCUCCCUAUAUUCUAACAACAUCACCAAACUCCUGAAGGCCAUCAGCCCCGACAAAGACAAUUUUUAUUUUGAAGUGAAAGAUGACUUUGACUUUGGUACGAUGGGUCAUGUCAUUAGAGGAACUGUGGUGAUGAAGGACGGUGAAGUGAUUUUCCCUGCUCCCACACCAAAAAAUAUUCCUCAGAGUGCCCCAGUAAAACCAAAGACAGUGGCUGAGCUGGAAGCGGAAAAAGCAGCUACUGUAACACCCUUCAGGAAAACCUUGACAACAGCUUCAGCUUAUACUGCAGGUCUCUCUGGGAUGCUGGGUUUGGGCAUCGUGGCUCCUAAUUUAGCCUUUUCUCAGAUGGUGACCACAUUUGGCUUGGCCGGCAUCGUGGGCUACCACACCGUCUGGGGAGUGACCCCCGCUCUCCACUCACCACUGAUGUCUGUGACUAAUGCAAUCUCAGGCUUGACUGCGGUUGGUGGGCUGGCGCUGAUGGGAGGACAUUUGUAUCCCUCCACAGCUUCUCAGGGCCUUGCUGCUCUUGCUACUUUCAUAUCUUCAGUCAACAUUGCAGGUGGCUUUCUGGUGACACAAAGAAUGUUGGACAUGUUCAAACGGCCCACUGAUCCCCCAGAAUACAAUUAUCUGUAUCUGCUCCCUGCUGGUACCUUCAUUGGAGGAUAUUUAGCUGCCCUCUACAGUGGUUAUAACAUUGAACAAAUCGUGUACCUGGGCUCAGGUUUGUGCUGCGUUGGUGCCCUGGCCGGUCUUUCCACCCAGGAAACAGCUCGUCUUGGCAAUGCAUUGGGCAUGAUUGGGGUGGCUGGAGGUCUGGCGGCCACCCUCGGAGGCCUCAGUCCAGGCCCGGAAUUGUUAGCUCAGAUGUCUGGAGCAAUGGCUUUGGGCGGUACUAUUGGCUUGACAAUUGCCAAACGCAUCCAAAUUACAGACUUACCUCAGUUGGUUGCUGCUUUUCACAGUUUAGUGGGCUUGGCGGCUGUCCUUACUUGCAUCGCUGAGUACAUUGUAGAGUAUCCACAUUUCGCUGUGGAUGCAACAGCAAAUCUCACCAAGAUCGUGGCCUACCUUGGAACUUACAUCGGUGGUGUCACAUUCAGUGGGUCUCUUGUCGCCUAUGGAAAAUUGCAGGGUAUCCUAAAAUCUGCCCCUCUCAUGCUCCCUGGAAGGCACUUACUCAAUGCAGGCCUGCUGGCUGCUAGUGUGGGUGGAAUGAUCCCGUUUAUGAUGGACCCCAGCUUUACCACCGGCAUUACCUGCCUGGGCUCAGUGUCCGCUCUCUCUGCUGUCAUGGGUGUGACUCUGACUGCUGCCAUUGGGGGUGCUGACAUGCCGGUGGUUAUCACUGUGCUGAACAGCUACUCUGGCUGGGCCUUGUGUGCAGAGGGCUUCCUGCUCAACAACAACCUGCUGACCAUCGUGGGUGCGCUCAUUGGCUCCUCUGGUGCUAUCCUGUCCUACAUCAUGUGUGUGGCCAUGAAUCGCUCCCUGGCUAAUGUGAUUCUUGGAGGCUAUGGCACUUCUUCAACAGCUGGUGGAAAGCCCAUGGAAAUUUCUGGCACACAUACAGAAAUCAACCUUGACAAUGCACUUGACAUGAUUCGAGAAGCUAAUAGUAUUAUUAUUACUCCAGGCUACGGUCUCUGUGCAGCCAAAGCUCAGUACCCCAUUGCUGAUUUGGUAAAGAUGCUUACUGAACAGGGCAAAAAAGUCAGGUUUGGAAUUCACCCAGUUGCAGGCCGGAUGCCUGGUCAGCUUAAUGUGCUGCUGGCUGAGGCCGGAGUGCCAUAUGAUAUUGUGCUGGAAAUGGACGAGAUCAACCAUGAUUUCCCAGACACUGAUUUGGUCCUUGUCAUUGGAGCUAAUGACACAGUUAAUUCAGCAGCACAAGAAGACCCUAAUUCUAUUAUUGCAGGCAUGCCAGUCCUGGAGGUUUGGAAAUCAAAGCAGGUUAUCGUUAUGAAGAGGUCCUUGGGCGUUGGCUACGCUGCAGUGGACAAUCCAAUCUUUUACAAACCUAACACGGCCAUGUUGCUAGGAGACGCGAAGAAGACAUGUGACGCCCUGCAGGCCAAAGUGAGAGAAUCCUACCAGAAGUAAAGGGGAAAGACCCCACUGUUCUCUACCACAGCUGCCUAUUCACUGGUGGGAACUGGCAACUCAAAUAUUGGUAUCUACAGCUAAUGCACAUCCGUAGCAAAACUCUUGAAGUAAAGGAAGACUCUGAAGAAAGCAAAGCAAACACAGGGAGAUUUAUCUAAUGCAGUGAUCUCUCAGUUUAAAAAAAGGGAUUGAAAAAUCUAAAUUGUUUUCCAUGCAUAUUUUUUUGCGUGUGUUAUAAAUGAAAUAUAUUUUAUGAAAGGAGAAAGAACAACAUCAUUUUAGAUGUAAUCUGUUUGGAUUUUUAAAAAAAUUCCUCCUUCUCAAAUAGCAAUGUUUUGAGAAAUUGAGUGGGCAAAAGGGAAUAAAUGCAUCUGAAAAAUCUGACACAGUGUAAAUUUUACAUGCAUCAGCAGGUGUGUUUUUUUACAUGUGACAAUUUGAAACGCUCAUCAACUCCUCAGCUGUCUUCCUACCAUUAUUGAACCACAAUCUGAAUGAAAUAUAUCAAGUUGGUUUCAGUUUUUAAAACUUCAGAUUCUAGAUUUCAAAGAUUAUUUUCAUAACCAUUAGUGUAAUUUUAAUAUCUUAAAGGACUAGAUAAUCCUUCAGGGAUGCUGGAAACAAAUCAUUUGCUUUGUGUGUCUCAUUAGGACACCAAGGAAAAUAUAAUUUGAAAUCUGUAUCAACUGUACUUUAAAAACCCCAUACCCAGAGGUUUCUAAAUUUCAAUCUAUUUUUUGAUACAAUUUAUAGUACUAUAUUAAAUGCACUUGAAUGAAAUUCAACUAUGAUUAAUAAAAUGAGUUCAUGUUUGCAUAGUGAUACAGCAGUUGCAUUUGGUAAAAAGGCUAAAAUGGGAUAAUUUGGCCUGUUAUUAACAACUGGGGAAGACUUGCUACUAUGAAAUUAAUUGUUUGCAAUAAUGUUUUUUUCUCUCAAAUCAGAGUAUGUUUUGAGAUCUUAUGUAAUUGAUGAUUGGUGAGCAGUGGUGGCACUUUUUAUUUCUUAGCUACCUCUUUGUUAUCCACACACCAGUAAAGAUUGUU